GUGCAGAAAUUAAUCAAUCAUAUAUCCCAUUAACUAACCUUUUUUCUCCAGAGCAUAAAGACAAUGAAAUAAAGCCACCAAGAAUAAAUUUUUUAGUUGAUGAUAUGUGUGAUUGUGCCAAUUACCAGCAAUGAAUAACCAAAAUAGCAUCUUUUCAUUUCAUUUGGUGAAUGUAGCAUGAUGAAGUUGUGUUCACAUCUUUCUACUAACAACCCACUUUUCAUCUUCUACUUCUUUUCAAACCCUUUUCUUUUCCUUUCCAAAUUCGUUUUUUCUGUUUGAGAAUUGUGUGAAAUGGCGAGUCUUGGAGAUAUAGGGGUGUCUGCGCUGAUCAACAUAAUCAGUGCCUUCACAUUCUUGCUGGCUUUUGCCUUGCUGAGGAUUCAGCCAAUCAACGACAGAGUUUACUUUCCCAAAUGGUACAUUGCCGGGAAGAGGACGAGCCCCAGGGGGUGGGGUGGUGUGGUGGGCAAAUUCGUCAAUUUGAAUAUCAUGACUUACUUCACCUUUCUCAACUGGAUGCCUCAGGCGCUCAAGAUGAGUGAGUCUGAGCUUAUUAGCCAUGCUGGCCUCGAUUCUGCUGUUUUCUUGAGGAUUUACACUCUUGGGUUGAAAAUAUUUGCACCAAUAGCAACUGUGGCACUUCUGAUUCUAAUUCCGGUGAAUGUAUCCGAUGGAACUCUAUCUUUCCUGCGUCGCGACUUGGUUGUCAGUGACAUCGACAAGCUCUCAAUCUCGAAUGUUCGCCCCAAGUCUUAUAAGUUUUUUGUCCACAUAUCGAUGGAGUACUUGUUUACUUUCUGGGCUUUGUUCAUGCUUUAUAAGGAAUACAAUAGAGUUGCUUCAAUGCGGCUGAAGUUUUUGGCUUCUCAAGCCAGGCGUGCUGAACAAUUCACGGUUCUUGUUACAAAUGUACCACAUGUUUCAGGACGCUCGAUAUCAGAUAGUGUCGAAACCUUCUUCAAGAGAAACCAUCCGGAUCAUUAUCUAUCUCACCAGGCCGUGUACAACGCUAAUAAGUUUGCCAGACUCGUUAGACAAAGACACCGGCUUCAGAACUGGCUCGACUAUAAUCAACUUAAGUUCGAGAGGCAUCCAGACAAGAGGCCUACGACUAAGAGAGGCUGCCUUGGGCUCUGGGGUAAAAGAGUCGAUUCAAUCGACUACUAUAAGGAUCAAAUUAAAUAUCUCGACAAAAAAUUGACGAUGGAGCGCCAAAAGAUUCUAAACGAUCCCAAAUCCAUAACACCGGCUGCAUUUGUGUCGUUCAAUUCAAGAUGGGGAGCGGCUGUCUGUGCGCAGACGCAACAGAGCAAAAACCCCACGCUGUGGCUAACAGAUUGGGCGCCUGAACCCCGUGAUGUAUACUGGAAGAACGUUGCUAUACCAUUUGUUUCGCUGAGCAUCCGGAGGCUAGUGAUAUCGUUGCUCGUGUUUGCAUUGGUCUUCUUUUACAUGAUACCUAUUGCCUUUGUUCAAUCACUGGCCAAUCUGGAGGGUCUGGAGAGAGUCGCGCCUUUCCUGAGGCCAUUAAUUGAAUGGAGCUUUGUCAAGUCAUUCUUGCAGGGUUUCCUUCCCGGUCUCACGCUUAAGCUCUUUUUAUACUUCCUCCCCGCGAUUCUGAUGGUUAUGUCGAAGAUAGAAGGGCACGUGGCACUAUCAGUAUUGGAACGAAGAACUGCUGCGAAAUACUACUACUUCAUGCUGGUCAACGUGUUCCUUGGCAGCAUCGUGGCAGGAACUGCGUUCCAGCAGCUCCACGCCUUUCUCCACGAAUCCGCUGAGCAAAUCCCGAGAAACAUAGGUGUGUCAAUACCAAUGAAGGCUACCUUCUUCAUCACGUACAUAAUGGUCGAUGGCUGGGCUGGGAUCGCCUGUGAGAUACUCCGGUUUAAGCCUUUGGUGAUCUUCCACUUGAAGAACGUGUUCAUUGUGAAAACCGAGAGGGACAUGGAGAGGGCGAUGAACCCUGGAGGUGUCGAUUUGCCAGAGGCUCUACCCAGUCUUCAGCUCUACUUCCUCCUAGGCGCUGUUUACAUGGUCGUUACACCAAUCCUUCUCCCUUUCAUACUCGUCUUCUUCGCCUUGGCAUACUUUGUGUAUCGUCAUCAGGUGGUUAAUGUGUAUCACCAGCAAUACGAGAGCGCUGCUGCGUUCUGGCCUCAUGUUCAUGGCCGCAUCGUGGCGAGCUUGCUCAUUUCGCAGCUCCUCCUGCUCGGCCUGUUGAGCACGAAGGAGGCUGCGAAUUCGACUCCCUUGCUGGUAAUACUACCGGUGUUGACUCUGUCGUUUCACAAAUACUGCAAGAAUCGCUUCGAGCCUGCAUUCAGGAAGUACCCUCUUGAGGAAGCCAUGUCGAAGGACACACAAGACGGGGCCUCUGCAUCUGACGUGGACGUGAGAUCCUACCUGGCGGACGCGUACUUGCAUCCCAUCUUCCGGUCGUUUGAAGAGGUGGAGUUGGUGGAGGUGAAGGUCGAGACAGACCCAACCCCGGCCAAGGAAGCCAGCCCUUCUCCGAGUGAGCUCAGCUCGCCCUCCCCUCUUCAUCACCACGACAAAAAAGAAGACGACGACGAAGAAGAAGAAGAAGAAGAGGCGUCCCACGCUGUGCAGCACUAUGAGUUCGGACAGCCCCACGCCGCCUACCAGUAUGAGCUGGAGCAGCAACAACAACAUCAUGUGUAUCAGUAUGAGCUCCAGCAGCCUCCUUAUAGUGGCUAUCACUAUCACCAUGGUGAAGUGGAGUCACCUAACAAUGUAUAUAGAUAUGAUGAGAGUGAGCCUCACUAUCACUACUAUCAAUAUUGAGCUGAGGUUUGGUUUCUAUUUGAUGAUUUUUUUCUCUAGUUUGGUUUUUCAAUGUAGAGCUCUUAACAGAAAAUAAGUGCCAUUUUUAGUUACAAGUUUCUAUUUGUCAGUUGAUGCAGAUAUGUAAAUGAGUUGUUUAAUUUAGUUAACCUGUUAACCGUGUA